GUUUGUUCUGAUUUGGCAUUUAUAAGUUAGUGUGUUGUUAGUGGAGAGAAUUGUAUCAAAAUGGACAUAGAUUAGUUCUGACUUGGAAUAUAUAAGUUAGUAUCUAGUGCUAGUGGACAUAGACUUGUUCUAUUGUAGUUUCCUGAUUGUCUGUAAAAUGAAUAACAAAAGAUCUGCUAAAAUCUUGGAAAUGGUCUUGUGUAAAAAAGUGAAUGAACAUUUGGGCGGAAAAGUUGAUAUUAAUGUAAAUCAAUCGAUCACCGAUCCAAAGGAAAUCAACAUUAAUCGCACAGAUGAAUCUACUCCUAUGGUUGAUUGUCAUUUUACGAUUGACUCAACCAAUUUCGAACAUCCAGAUAUGAAUAUGAAUAAGAUAUGUUUGACAAUUGAUGCACCUGCUACAGUAAGCAGUGAUAUGGAUUGGCAAACCAAGCAUGGAAAACAAAGCAAGAAAGAUGAGUUAGCUAUCGAGAUAGACCUACGAUACGUGAACUGUCCUGAUUUGGAAUAUCCGCCUUAUUUAUUACCAGCAGAAACCUCCAUUAGCAAAAACGAUCAUGUAACGUUAGCGUCAGUCAAUCAACUGAAUGAUUUUUUUCGGCCUAGUGUACCUGGUAUAGCUGAAGAAAAGUCAAAAAAACAUGUACUUGAAGUUCCCAUGACCUCAAUCAGUCAAUUAAUUAAGCUUUCUGAACCUAGUACAUCUUACGCAGCCAAUAAGAUAGACAGACUUCCAACUUCACAUCUACUUGAUGAUUUGGAAAUAAGUUCUUCAGAAUCCGAUCCAUUUGGUGGAGAUGAUGAUGAUAAAGACCCUGAUUUCCAGUUAUCAGACAAUAAUAAAAAUAAAUGCAGAAAUCUUAUUGGUAACAAUAACUUGCCCAUUAAGAAUUCCAGUUCUGAAGGUUCAGAUACAGAAGAAGAGCAACAAAAUAAUUCAAGAAAACGCAUACGAAGGCUGGAGAAGAAAUAA